AUGAACAUUAGGGCUGCAGUGGAUCCCUUGGUGACGGCGAAAGUGAUCGGAGAUGUGAUUGAUAAGUUCGUUCCGGCUGCCGAGUUGACUGUGCAAUAUGAAUCAACGCCUGAGGCUAACGGUUGCGAUAUCAAUCCAUCGUCGGCUGUCAGAAAACCUCACGUUCAUAUCAGUGGUUCUCGUGGCUCUCCUAAUUAUACUCUUGUAAUCGUUGAUCCCGAUGCUCGAAGACCGAGUGAACCAACUUUCAGAGAGGGGCUCCACUGGAUGGUCAUAAAUAUUCCAGAGGGAGCUGAUGCGAGUGAAGGCAAAGAGCUGAUGCCAUACAUGGGACCUCAACCACCAUCAGGCAUUCACCGAUGCGUAUUUGUGGCUUUCAAGCAGAAAGGUGUACUGGAAAUUGUGAAAACCCGGCCAGUUGAGCGUCAAAACUUCAUCACUCGUAAGUUCACUGGCGAGAAUGAGCUUGGACUACCGGCAACUGCAUUGUAUUUCAACUCGCAAAGCAACCAAAAAAGUAAGAAAAAAUAGAUGACGAAGGUGUUCUGGUGAAUUUUAAGAUAUAGACGUUUGUGUUGUUAUAUGUUUUCUUUUUCCUUAAAGAAGAGUAGCUAGCUUGGUUUAGCAGAAUAAUUUAAUUAUGAUAUUAUGAGAUGUAACUGUGAUGUUUUAAA